AAAAGAAUAAAAAUUGAAGAAGUACGUCUCUUUUGCUGUCUCUUGUCUUUAUAAAUUGCGACUGACCAUUGAAGGUUGUGUUAUUUCCAAAAAAAAGUGAAAAUCGUUCCUUCAAAUAACGUCAUAAAUCUGAGCAGCGGUUUAAAUAAAGUGUAUUUUGGAAAUAAAAUAUAAUAAAGUGCAAAAAUGUUGAUCCCCACGCGAUCUGCUUUACGGAAGGUGGUGGAAUGUUCCGCUGUGAGCUCAGAGUUAACGCAAAGAAGUUUUUAUUCAGUUCUCAAAAACCUCGCAGCGCCCAGAACAAAUUGCUGUGUACGACAUGAAAUACAACGCAGAUUCAAAUCGGAUGGCGUCCGAGGCGCCGUCAUUGGCAUCGACUUGGGCACCACCAACUCGUGCGUCGCCGUCAUGGAGGGGAAGACGCCCAAGGUGGUGGAGAACAGUGAAGGUUCCAGAACCACACCUUCACACGUGGCGUUCACGAAGGAGGGCGAACGUCUCGUCGGCAUGCCGGCGAAGCGACAAGCGGUCACAAACAGCGGGAACACGUUCUACGCUACCAAGCGUCUCAUCGGCCGAAGAUUCGAGGAUCCAGAGGUCCAGAAAGACAUGAAGAACCUCUCCUACAAAGUUGUUAGGGCAUCCAACGGUGAUGCUUGGGUGCAAGGCAGCGACGGCAAAGUGUACUCCCCGAGUCAAGUCGGCGCGUUCGUGCUGAUGAAGAUGAAGGAGACCGCCGAGGCGUACCUGAACACGUCGGUGAAGAACGCAGUCGUCACCGUGCCGGCGUACUUCAACGACUCGCAGCGGCAGGCCACCAAGGAUGCCGGUCAAAUAGCUGGACUGAACGUGCUCCGUGUCAUCAACGAGCCGACCGCCGCCGCUCUCGCCUACGGAAUGGACAAGACUGAUGACAAGAUUAUCGCAGUGUACGACCUCGGCGGCGGCACAUUCGAUAUAUCUGUGCUGGAGAUCCAGAAGGGAGUCUUCGAGGUGAAGUCCACCAACGGGGACACGCUCCUCGGGGGAGAGGACUUCGACAACGUUAUCGUCAACUUCCUCGUGGACGAGUUCAAACGAGACCAAGGUAUCGACCUCCGCAAAGACGCGAUGGCAAUGCAGCGGCUGAAGGAAGCGGCCGAGAAGGCGAAGAUCGAACUGUCCGGGUCGCUGCAAACCGACAUCAACCUGCCGUACCUGACCAUGGACGCGUCUGGGCCCAAACACAUGAACCUUAAAAUGAGCCGUUCCAAACUGGAGUCGCUGGUGGGCGAUCUGAUCAAGCGGACCGUGGCGCCGUGCCAGCGCGCGCUGCAGGACGCGGAGGUGCAGCGCUCCGACAUCGGCGAGGUGCUGCUCGUCGGCGGCAUGACGCGUAUGCCCAAGGUUCAGUCGACAGUGCAAGAGAUCUUCGGGCGGGCGCCGUCGCGGUCGGUGAACCCGGACGAGGCGGUGGCGGUGGGCGCGGCCGUGCAGGGCGGCGUGCUGGCCGGCGACGUGACCGACAUCCUGCUGCUCGACGUGACGCCGCUGUCGCUCGGCAUCGAGACGCUAGGCGGCGUCUUCACCAAGCUCAUCACCAGGAAUACCACCAUACCCACCAAGAAGAGUCAAGUCUUCUCCACAGCCGCCGACGGCCAGACCCAAGUGGAGAUCAAGGUGCACCAAGGCGAACGAGAGAUGGCUGUCGACAACAAACUCCUGGGGCAGUUCUCGCUGGUGGGCAUACCGCCGGCGCCGCGCGGCGUACCGCAGAUAGAGGUCACCUUCGACAUCGACGCCAACGGCAUCGUACACGUGUCCGCCAGGGACAAGGGUACCGGCAAGGAGCAGCAGAUCGUGAUCCAGUCGUCCGGCGGCCUCUCGAAGGACGAGAUCGAGAACAUGGUGAAGGCGGCUGAGCAGUUUGCGGCGGCCGACAAGCAGCGCCGUGACCGCGUCGAGGUCGCCAACCAGGCCGAGGGCGUCCUCCACGACACCGAGACCAAGAUGGACGAAUACAAGAGCCAGCUGCCACAGGACGAGUGCGACAAGCUACGUGGUGAGAUCGCCAAAUUAAGAGAGCUGCUCGCUCAGAAGGACACAGCGGACCCGGAAGCUAUCCGCACAGCCACCAGCCAGCUGCAGCAGGCCAGCCUCAAGCUGUUCGAACAGGCGUACAAAAAGAUGGCGGCAGAACGAGAAGGUGGCCAGCAGCAGACGCAAACAGAAGGCCAAGAAGAGAAGAAGGAAGACAAGAACUAAACCAAAAUCUGUUUUUGAAUUAGGCACAUAAUUAGAUAUUUCCGUUCGUGAACGUUGACUAGUUUUAUUGAAUACGCGAUUGGCGAUAUGAUUUAAUAUAUAGCCAUCUUUUAAUUGUAGUUUUAGUUACAGUAGAGGCUCGUUUAACCGGGUCGGCUGAUCCGGCUCGAAGGAUGGGAUACUAAGAUCAGGAUGUCCAACAGGCGGAUAUAAGAUUACCCCCAUUUACUGUUAUUUUGACUCGAUUACCCGGAUAUCCGGAUAGGCUAGGUGUGCUGUAUAAUCCGGAUGUUAAAGGCGGAUAUGAAUGCUCACGUGUAUGGUUAUUUAUUUUGGAUUGAUUUAUCGGAUUACCGGCUGGGCGAUUGGUAUAUUAUAACUCGGAUGUAAUAGGCGGAUAUAAUGUAGUUUUUUGAUGCAUGUAAAUAGUAACUCCGCCUUCGCUAUCUGGCAGAGCACCAGUAAGGGAUGAAAGGUGAUGAUGAAAGCAGCACAGUUGGUCUAUGGUGAAGAGUUUAAUCACGAUGAUCUCGAGUGUCGCGUAAAGUUUGACCGUUAUUUAUGUCUUCUUCCGUACAUCCGGAUAUACGGAUAAUCUAAAUAGGAAGUUUAAUAGGCCAUCAAUGAUCCGCCUAAGAAACCUUGUUUAACCGAGUGAUUUUUUUAUCCGUUCUACCGUAAAAGACCGGAUAUCCGUAUGAUUGUAUUACCGGACGAAGGGGUAUAUAUAUAGUAUAUAUAUAUAUAUAUAUAUAUACUAUAUAUAUAUAUAUAUAUAUAUAUAUAUAUAUACUAUAUAUAUACCCCUUUCAGACCUGAACGAUACGGGCGUGAGUUGUAAUUUUAAAAAAUUCUAAAACCGCGCGUAAUUCAUUUUUACUCACGAAGCUGAAAUAACAUGAUAGGGAGAUUCUAAACCAGCCAAUAAGAAAUCGUUUUAGCGGUUAGGUGGUGCAGUAGUCUCGUGCGUGCCGGCAAGAUGGCUUCGCUCCAAAACACGAAAAUACAUUUCAUCUGAAAGGAAAAAAAUCUUGGGUCUGAAAGGGAUAUAUAUAUAUAUAUAUAUAUAUAUAUAUACAGCAAUUUAAAAUGUUCUUUUAUUUUAAACAGUCACAUUAUGACCAAAAAGGAAUAAUAAAUGCAAAUUAAGAGGGUUAUUGCUACAUUGCAAUUAUGUUACUCAUCUCAUAUUUUAGCACAGACAAACUAACAAACAAACGUACGUGUAUAAAUACAUUUUAGAAAUUUUAUUUCAGGUAACACCAAAUCUUGUAGUUUUUUUUUCACCAAACAUUCGAGGUUAUAUUUGUAAUAUAUAUUUUUUUGUGUCGAUUUAAUAUAUUAUAAAUUGGAAAAUAACAUGAUAUGGUGUUGAAUUUGCUUGCAUUUAGUGAUCUCCUAUAGCAACUACCGUAUCUGAGAUUUAAAAAAAGGCGGGAAUCGACGCUGUCAUAAUCGAGAUGUCACUGUCAUAAUGUUCUGUUCCAAAUUUAAAUUUAAGAAUGUAGUUUAAAACACGCAUUUCGUAAAAAUGAUUAUGUAUAUAAUAAUAUCUUAAAUGUGUGAAACCAAAUAUAUGAGAGAACGACAAAUAGGUGAAUACAUAUGAAAAUAAACUAAAUAAAUACCGCGGCUUUGCUCGUGUAUUAGUGUGUUAUAGAUUUUAAUUUGAAAUAAACUAUAUUAUGUGUUCACCUAUUUUUCCAGCCAGUUCGCGUUAGAUAUUGCAUUUUUGACCACUUGAAAUAGUUUUGUCCAUUUUGUUAUGUUAGAAUCUGGCUUGUUUCAAACAGUAAGCUCUGUGAUAAUAUAAACUAUUGAAUUAA